AUGUCUUCAAAAUAUAUUGAUAACGCAAGAAAAAUUCUUUGUAUAGGUCGUAACUAUGCUGCCCAUAUCAAGGAAUUGAAUAACCAAACUCCCCAAGAACCCUUUUUCUUUUUGAAGCCGUCGUCAUCCGUUUUGAAACCUAACAGUGGACCCUUCUUAGUUCCUAAAGGUGUUGUGGUUCACCAUGAAGUGGAAUUAGGUAUUGUGUUAAACAGGACACUUUCGAACUUAUCGCCAAACUUAACGGCAAAGGAAGCUUUAGAAUAUAUAGACGGUUAUGCGUUGACAAUUGAUAUGACUGCUAGAAAUGUUCAAGACGAGGCAAAGAAGAAAGGCUUGCCAUGGUCCAUUGGUAAAGGUUUCGACACUUUUUUGCCAGUGUCAAAUUUCAUACCGAAAUCUAAGAUCCCUGAUCCCUACAAUGUGGAGCUUUCUUUGAGUAUCAAUGGUGAAGUGAAACAAGACGACAAAACUGAUCUCAUGAUAUUUCCUAUUCACAAGAUUCUUAGUCAUAUGUCAUGUAUAAUGACUCUUGAAAAGAAUGACUUAAUCUUGACAGGUACUCCCAAAGGAGUGGGACCAAUUGUUCCGGGUGAUGAUAUUGAGGCAACCUUGAAAGUAGACGGAAAGCUUAUUGAAGAAAUAAAAAUCCAUGCUGAGGAGAAGCCAGGUCCUUAUCAAUAUAAAGAAGUAUAG